AUGGGGGCUGGGGGCUCUCCGGGGAAGAUGGGACUUGCCUUCUGCCUUGGGCUGCUGCUGCUGCUGCUGCUGCGACCCCAAGAUGUGGCUGGAGCGCAGCGAGGAAACGACAAUAGCGAAACCCUUCCGGAAUCUAUCCCGUCUGCUCCUGGGACACUGCCCCAUUUUAUUCAGGAGCCGGAUGACGCAUACAUCAUCAAAAGCAACCCCAUAGUGUUGCGCUGCAGAGCUGCACCUGCAAUGCAAAUCUUCUUCAAGUGCAAUGGGGAGUGGGUCCACCAAAAUGAGCAUGUCUCAGAAGAGAGCACAGAUGAAAGCACAGGCUUGAAGGUUCGGGAGGCAUACAUCAAUGUGACAAGACAGCAAGUGGAGGAUUUUCAUGGGCCAGAGGACUAUUGGUGCCAGUGUGUUGCAUGGAGCCACCUGGGAACAUCAAAAAGCAGGAAGGCUUCAGUCCGCAUAGCCUAUUUACGCAAGAAUUUUGAGCAAGACCCCCAAGGAAAGGAAGUUCCUAUUGAAGGAAUGAUAGUACUACAUUGUCGACCACCAGAGGGAGUGCCUACAGCAGAGGUGGAAUGGUUGAAGAAUGAAGAACUCAUUGAUGCUGAGGAGGAUGAGAACAUUGACACCCGAGCAGAUCACAACCUGAUCAUCCGCCAAGCCCGACUUUCCGAUUCUGGGAACUACACAUGUAUGGCCACCAACAUAGUUGCCAGGAGAAGAAGCCUGUCAGCCACAAUUGUGGUCUAUGUGAACGGAGGGUGGUCUUCAUGGACAGAGUGGUCUAACUGCAACGUACGCUGUGGCAAAGGGUGGCAGAAGAGGUCGAGGACCUGUACAAACCCUGCUCCUCUCAACGGAGGUGCUUUCUGUGAGGGAAUGUCUGUGCAGAAAAUUACCUGCAGUUCCUUGUGUCCUGUGGAUGGUGCUUGGGAAGCAUGGAGUGAAUGGUCUGUCUGCAGCCCUGAGUGUGAACACUUGAGGAUCCGUGAAUGUACUGCUCCACCUCCACGUAAUGGUGGGAAAUUCUGUGAAGGCCCAAAUCAAGAGUCAGAGAACUGCACUGAAGGUCUUUGCAUUCAAGAUAGAAAGCCUCUUCAUGAAAUAAUACCCCAAAACAUUGAGAAUGCAACAGACAUUGCCUUGUAUUCAGGGCUGGGGGCUGCAGUCAUCGCAGUAGCGGUCAUUGUAGUCGGCGUGACUUUCUACAGACGGAGCCAGAGCGAAUAUGGUGUGGAUGUCAUUGACUCAUCAGCCCUCACCGGAGGUUUCCAGACUUUCAAUUUCAAAACUGCCCGGCAAGGUAACUCCCUGCUUUUGAACUCAUCCAUGCAGCCUGACCUGACUGUAAGUAGAACCUACAGUGGACCCAUUUGCCUUCAAGACCCCAUUGACAAGGAGCUCAUGACAGAAUCAUCCCUCUUCAACCCUUUGUCUGAUAUUAAAGUCAAAGUUCAGAGUUCCUUCAUGGUUUCAUUGGGCGUGACUGAGCGAUCUGAAUAUCAAGGAAAAACUCAUUCUGGGACAUUUCCACAUGACAGCAACAGGACCUUCAGCUCCAUGCAUGCAAAGAACAAAGCCGCAUAUAUCCAAAACUUAUCAACACUCUCCAAACGAAAUGAGAUGAGGGCCACUGGUGUAUUUGGCCACCUGGGAGGACGUUUGGGAAUCCCCAACUCCGGAGUUAGCCUACUGAUCCCACAUGGGGCUAUUCCUGAAGACAUAUCUUGGGAGAUCUACCUUUCCAUCAACCAAGGCGAAUCCAGCUUGCAGCCAGAAGACAGUGAAGUCCUCCUUGGGCCAGAAGUCACUUGUGGACCUCCGGAGGUGACAGUCUCCACCCCUUUUGCCUUGACAAUACCACACUGUGCAGAAGUGAACUCUGAGCACUGGAACAUCCAUGUGAAAAAGAAAAAGCAUCAGGGCACAUGGGAGGAGGUUAUGUCCGUGGAAGAGGAAACCACAUCUUGCUACUGCCUCUGGGACCCCUACGCCUGUCAUAUUCUCUUGGACUCUUUUGGAACUUAUGCUCUUAUUGGGGAGUCCCUUUCUGACUGUUCUGUUAAAGAACUAAAAGUAGCCGUCUUUGGCUGUAUGUCUUGCAACUCACUGGAUUACAGUCUGCGAGUGUACUGUGUGGAUAACAUCCCCUGUGCAUUUCAGGAAGUGGUCUCAGAUGAGCGACAACAAGGGGGGCAGUUGCUGGAAGAACCAAAGCUGUUGUAUUUCAAAGGGAAUACGUUCAGUCUUCAGAUCUCUGUCCUUGAUAUCCCUCCUUUCCUCUGGAGAAUCAAACCAUUCACAGCUUGUCAGGAAGUUCCUUUUUCUCGCGUGUGGCGCAACAAUCAGCAGCCACUCCACUGUGCCUUUUCACUGGAGCGCUACACUCCUGCCACCACACAGCUCUCAUGCAAAAUCUGCGUCAGACAAGUAAAGGGCCAUGAACAAAUCUUACAAAUCCAGACGUCUAUUCUCGAGGCUGAAAGAGAAACGAUCCCUUUCUUUGCACAAGACAACAGCAGCUUUCCUGUUCAGAUGGGUCCACAAGCCUUCAAGAUACCAUACUCUAUCAGGCAAAGAAUAUGUGCAACUUUUGACACACCCAAUGCCAAAGGGAAAGACUGGCAGAUGUUAGCACAGAAAAACAGCUUCAACAGGAAUUUGUCUUACUUUGCUACUCAGCGCAGCCCAUCUGCUGUCAUUUUGGACUUAUGGGAAGCCAGGCAUCAGCAUGAUGGUGACUUAGACUCUUUAGCCUGUGCUUUGGAAGAAAUAGGAAGGACACAACCCAAAAACUCAGACCUCACAGAAACUCAGAUUGAGGAGUCCAACUUCAGCUACAGCAGACAAAAUGGACUUUAGCUGUCCCUUUCCUUUCAAAGAACUGAGGCCUGAGUUCAACUUUGUACUUGAUGAAAUUCCUGUUGGCAGGGAAGAAAUUACAAACCAUUUUAUGAUUUUGUGCUCACAUGCAUGCACACAGACACACACACACACACACACACAAAUUUAACUCAUCCUGUAUUUCAUGCAGCGGUUCACUCCCUCUUGCCAUCCAAGCAGUUUCCGUUCAGAGGAAGAUAAUAAUCUGCUAAACUACAAGGGAAACGUUAUGCCUCUCUGUGAGAGGAGAAAAAUAUUACCUCCCUAUGCUGAAGAUCGAAUUGGAUACUUGGGUACAUCCUGGUGGCACAAAAGGUUUAGGAAUAAAUCCCAUUGGAUCUAGGAGAGGGAAAGGAGUCAAUAGUCAAAGGUGCCUGAAAUUAUCUAAAAUUUAGACAUUUCCGCGUCUUAGACUGUUCAUUUCAUUCUUCUCCGUUGUUCUAUGAUUUAUGGAUUAGUUUGUAACUCAAGCUGAGGAUGUGGCUCUAUAGAGGGCACUACUGCUGCAGGGGCAGAAAAGAGGCAAAUGUAAUGAUUUGCUGGAAGAUGGUUAAUGGUCCAAGUUGGAAAAUCUGGAGCUCAGGCAAAAUUACUCAGAAGUCAUUUCCAAUAAAAAAAACAGUCAAGAUUUUUCUUAUAGGUGUCUCCUUAAAGAAAAGGGGCACUUUGCAGCAUUUCCUUUGGGUAUGGUUGGUGGCUUACAUUUUCUUCACUCAUUGUCUGAGAAUGGAACAGGUAUAUGAACCCCCAUGCUAUGAAGACCAAGUCCAGUACUUCAUGGCACAAUAUUAGCGUUAUUGUAAUUGCUGGCAAAAUAUCUAGAUAAAUUAGCAUUCCUGUUAAAACACACAUAAAAUGCACAGAACCUAGAAAGGGAACAAAAACAUGUUUUUCCUAGUUCUUAUAGGCUGAAAGAUCCAUAUAUUCAAGAUGCUUUGUAAUGCUUUUCUGAACACAGAUUGCUAUCUAAAUUGACAAAGCAAAUAUCACAAAGACAGACAGUUCAUCUGAUUUUCCCACUGUAUAUCUCACUUUUGUGAACAUAAAAAUGCUCUCGAACGACACAUCUGCUAAGUGUUUUGAGGCUUUAAAAGAGAGGGAACUGUGAUGCCAUCUCAAGUAUUCAGGGCUCCUUCUCUUAAAGGAGAUUCAAUUAUGGGUAAGUGUCCUUAGGACCUUUUAAGUGCCCAUUUACAGAGGAAGCACUAAGGUUACUGGACUUAAUGGAAAUACCAUGUGCAUUGGAAACCUAUAUGGUCUUUUAUAUUAUGUAACUUUAUAUAUACCUAGGUAUGUAGCAGAGGUGCAAAGAAACCCUAUUACAAAAUUUUGGAUAUGCACUGAGACACCAGAAAGAGUGGUCAAUGCACAUUGGUGCCGGAUUUACAUUGGUACCUGAUGCACAUUCGUACCUUGUGCAUUGGUCCUAUUGUGCAAUGGUCACUGUGCUGGCUCUGCUACAUAGUAAUGGAACAGCAGCCCUCUAUUGAAUAUAGACGUUAUGCAACUGCACAAUUCUAAUCGCUGCAAACAUAAAUCCACUUACAGAGACAUAAAUCCCCAACAGGAUUGUGGCCAUUGUUUUUAGGCAUAAACAUGAUUUUCCUGUCUUUAUCAAGUGUUGUGUUAAUCUGUUUAUUUCUUACAAACAGUCUUACAAACCCGUGUUGCAGGAGUACAGUCACUCACCA